AUGCAAGUGAAUAUACCAAUUAACGUUUUACCGAUAUAUGAAAAAGUACUGGAGAUUAUUGUUAAAGAACAGGUAGAGUUACAUCUAGAAAGUAAUGACCUCAUCACGGAAAAUCAAUCGGGCUUUAGAAAGCAACACUCGUGUGAAACUGCGAUACAAAUGAUUAUAGACGACUGGAAACUAAUAAUCAGUGAGGAUAAGAUGAUAGGAGUAGUAUUUAUGGAUCUGAAACGAACGUUUGAAACUAUAAACAGAGAAAGGCUAGUAAAAAAAUUAUAUCAAUAUGGAAUCAGAAGAACGAAAGAUGGCUGCGCUCGAAAAGAUGGAGGAAAUUUGUUUGGUAGAUGCUGUUACCAACGAAAAUUUUACAUUAAUUGUAAACAGGAAGGAUGCAACCAGAGCACGAAACGAUUUAACCUUGCUACGCAGUUAUUACAGCAUGCAAGACAGUCAAGAAAUAUAUGUACUUCGCAGCAAGCAAGUACCAGUAGCAUUCAGCAGACAUCAACAGCUAGUCUAGAUACAGCAGUAGAAUGUGCAGAAGGCACACAUGCAUGGACAAAACAAGAAACUCUCUUACUUUUGGGCUUAUAUCGUGAACAUCAAGAAAAAUUUGUUGGUGGAAAGGAUACAAUAAAAAAGCAUUGGGAUACUAUCUCCCAACUCGUGCAAGAGAGACAUUAUAUAAGUGGUUUCAAGUGUUCUACAAAACUGCAAGCUUUGAAACGUACAUAUAAGUCUAUUAUGGAUCACAACAAUAAAACUGGGAAUAACAGGAAGGAUUGGGAAUAUUUACAGAUAAUGCAAGAGUUAUUUGAUGAGAAACCCUGGAUGCAACCUAUGGCAGUAGCAGGAUCGUAUUUAAACGAAAACGAAAAUGCUAUUGAUUUAGAUGAAGACAAAGAAAAUCUUCUAGAAAAAGAUAACUGUCACUCACUAAAAAGACAAAUGUGCGUACAUUACUAAAUGAUUAUAUAUCAUUCAGUAUGGAAGAACGCGUUAAGCGACGAGAAAUUCGGACAAAACAGCAUGAAGAGAAAUUACUCGCCUUUCAAAAAUCGCCUUUCAAAACUCGCCUUUCAAAAAUCGAAAAUAUAUUAGAGAGACUGACAGAAAAAGAAGAUAAGUCGGAAAAGUAGAAGUCAUA